AUGCUGUCCGUCGCCCGCCCUCCCGACCGGACUGCCUGGAUGAAUCAAGUGUGCAAUGGACCCGGGUGGCCUUCAUUCCCCAGCGAUCUGACCAUGCACUCCGUCAAGGACGACCAUCGACCACACUCGCAACAUUCCCUUCCCGACUCGGCUUCCGCUAGUCCCUCCCCAGCCAAGCUCCGUCGACGAGCCUCUCAAGGAUCCGUCCGCACCAAACCAUCUACAGUGUCCCGGUUUCUCUCCAAGGGCAGUGUAGCCGUCCACUUUCCUUCGUGGGAACAACGCAGCUCGGGUUCGCCGCUUCGAACUGAGUCCAGAACCCGGUCGAGCGAUUCUCGCCUGCGCCUGUCCACCACCGUGUCUCGCGGGCCGAGACCAUUGACAGCUUCGUCGACGCAAUCUUCGCCCUGGAACUCGCCCAAAUCGUUCCAGGGUGACUACCCCACUACAUUACCUCCCACUCCCCCAGAAGACGAUAACCACUUGGCGUGGGACCCAAAGUCCGAUAUGUUGUUGUUCGGACAUCCCCACCACGGCCCCGCGAUGAUGGAUGAUGGCCCAGGAAUGAACACAUCGCCUACUGGCCCCUCGGAUACAUUAAGCAGCCCAUCAGACGGGCUGUCUCACGGCUCGUCCAGUUCGGGUGGCAGUCCUGGUCCUCAUGACGAGAUGGACUGCCAGCAGGAUGUUGGGUCUUGGUUAGACCACGGAAUCAAUGUCACUGUGUCAUCAUUGGGAAUGUCAAACCCACGAUCGGAUGCCGUUAAAAUCGUCUCACAAACCCUUCCAUAUCCGCGUACUUCCGAUCAGUCCAUUUCCACGUCGAAGAACGACAGCAUCUUCUGCUCCAUCGUCCAGGCUGUCCACAACCACCUACAGCCCGGCCAAUCACCAUAUAUCAAUGUCACUCAUGCCGUUCCCGAACAAUUCAGCCUGUCCAAUCUUCCUCACUCUCCCCCAAGCACUCCUCGCUCUCCUACUGCCGCUGAAGACUACUUCAACGCUACCGUUUUCUCCAGCGCCGCAGUUGUUAGUGCUUACCACGAUUUUCGUGGCCCUCUCCAACGUCAUCUUUCCCACGUUCCCAUGCCCGUUGUUCCUCCCCACAGCGUUCACAUUUCCGUCCUGGAGCGGUAUCUUCCCCCACCCUCCGCCCAAGAGUACCGUGAUGUCUUCUGCCCCACCCGCCCAUCCUUCCUUGUCGAUCGUCUCUGUGAGCUGUCUCCAAACGGCGGCUCCCUUCUCUUCGUGUACCCGACCAAGAAAGGUGCAUCCACCUUCAAGUCACAAUACUUGGGCCCCAUCCUAGACCCUCUCCUGCGGCAACUUGUCGUGGUUAAUGGAUUGUCUGCCGAUGUAGGCCGCUACUUGGGCAAACUAUCAACAGUUUCUCAAAUGGACGAUUUCGCUACCAUGAAGGCGAACAUGAACUCUCUGUGUGAUGCUUUGAGCUCACCCUCCUCACAGUUCCAGGUUGCUGACGCUGGCCGGGCCAGCACCCAUCUGGACCGAAAUAUCUGGGUGGAAUGGUUCAUUCACCAAGAGAAGGCCCGUAUGAAGGAGGUGCUCAGCAUGCACUGGCAAAAUAGCCGUCGCCCGCCGGUCAACAAGCCCAUGAACUCAGGCAUGGGCGACACCAAAGAAGUCACUUCUGCCAUGCUGCUAAGUGAGAUCUUUGAAGGCAUCCGCAAGCGGCCUUAUGGCGAGGACAACGAGCCUCGCGAUGGGAUUGAGCUAGGUGUGUUCGUGAUUCGCCGAACCCAUUAA